AUGGAGUCACGGAUGGAUCAAUACGAAAUCAUGGAGCAGAUUGGCCGCGGGGCCUUCGGUGCCGCCAUCCUAGUCAAUCACAAGAUUGAAAAGAAGAAGUAUGUGUUGAAGAAAAUCCGGCUUGCGAGGCAGACGGAGCGCUGUCGGAAGUCUGCCCAUCAAGAGAUGGCUCUGAUUGCCCGGCUGCAGCACCCUUACAUUGUUGAAUUCAAGGAGGCUUGGGUUGAGAAGGGUUGUUAUGUCUGCAUUGUCACGGGCUAUUGUGAAGGUGGAGACAUGGAUGAGCUGAUGAAGAAAUCAAAUGGUACAUACUUUUCUGAGGAGGUAUUGCUUAAAUGGUUCGCUCAAUUGGUGUUGGCUGUAGAUUACUUGCACUCGAACUAUGUCUUGCACCGUGACCUGAAGUGCUCCAACAUAUUUCUCACCAAAGAUCAGGACAUACGCCUUGGAGACUUUGGCCUAGCAAAGACUUUGAAGGAAGAUGAUUUAGCUUCAUCGGUUGUCGGGACACCAAAUUACAUGUGCCCAGAGCUGCUAGCCGAUAUUCCAUAUGGUUUCAAGUCAGACAUCUGGUCUCUCGGAUGUUGUAUGUAUGAGAUGGCAGCUCAUCGACCUGCCUUCAAGGCAUUUGAUAUGGCUGGAUUAAUAAGUAAGAUAAAUCGGUCUUCCAUGGGUCCUUUGCCUGCCUGUUACUCAGUGUCUAUGAAAACCCUAAUCAAAAGUAUGUUGAGGAAGAGUCCAGAGCAUCGACCUACUGCAUCUGAGAUCCUGAAGAACCCGUACUUGCAACCUUAUGUUAAUCAAUACCGCCCCCUUUAUGAUUCUUCAAACCCCAUGCGGAUGCCAGAGAAACCAUUGCCCACUUCACGGAGCAGUCAGAGAAGCAUGUCUGACAGCCAAAGCAGUAGCAUUUCCAGUAGUGACAUUGACAGUGCCCAAUCAAGUGACAGAAGCACAUCAGGCGGGACUACAAGUACUGACAGAAAGACCAUUGAUACUGCAAGCAUUCGAGAUGUAGAUCAAGGUAAGUCAGAUGAAAAUGGUGCAACACCUGAAGAUCUUAGAGGCAACAAAGACAAUUCUAGUGUUCAGUUUAAAAGGCAAGAUUCAUUGAAAUUCAUACAUGUUGAUCACCAUCCCAGACCAGAGAGCAAACAACCAAAGAUCAUUGAGAAGAUAAUGACAACCCUUAGAGAGGAGAGCAGGCUGAGAGAAAUCAACUCUCCUGUCAGAGGUGAUGUAAAGCUCAGUUCUGGCCUCAGCAACAAUAAUCAAGUAGAGCAACCAUUACAGGUUUCAAGGACAAACAGUGACAUGCCAUGCAGCUUAAAGUCUGGCGACAUUCUAUCCCAUGACGAACAUGUAAAUGAAGUUGAAGCAUCACCACCCUUGAAGCAACUGUCACCUAUUGUUGAACAUAGUGCAAAGAUGAAAACCGCUGGGCCAUCAACUCCUGAACCUGCCAAACAAAUCACAGAAAAUGGGGCUACAGCUUCAGGAAAAACUAAGGACAAGACAUCACCUGCUGCUAGACGUCCUAGCCCUCAGAGGCAAGCUGGAGCAGGGACUCCAAGCUUUCCAGUCACAAUGACAAGACGUGCUCAUACCAAGUUCAUAAGAGAGAGAGAGAAAACUCCAGAGCGACCAUCCUGUAGCCCAGAUAUGAAACUGGAUGCUCUUAGUGAUCCUCCACGAAGCUUAAUGAUUUCUUCAAAUCCUUCAGAAGGACAGCAUAUGAAACUGGAUGCUUCACAAGCAAAUUCAACAAAUCUUUGGGAGCUUUUCACCGUUUCAGCAAAGGAACACAGCAGCACUUGCUCAAGUUCUACAGUUGGUUGUACUGAAAAUAUGGACCAGCCUGAACUAUCUGAACCUAAUUCACCUGUCUGCUUGGUUUCACCAUGUACAGGCUGUUCACCCAACACAAUCGAAGAGGAUGACAAAAGCACCAUACCAUGUUCAGAAAUUAGCACUGACAAGAAUGUUGCAACUAACAAUGGUGGUUCAAGCCUGAGGUCAGAUUUGGAACCAUCCUUUCUGAGUUCUGAACAAGAGUUUGUUUCCAAAGAUGUGCAAUCUAGCAAGCAUGAGCAGAGCAACAUUGCAUUCCAAAGCGGUGAAGAUAAGUUCACUGUCCAGGAGCUGCUUUCAUCGGUACCAGAAGUUGCUCCUCCUGUUUCAUCAGCACCAGAAGUUGCUCAUUCUAUUCCAGCCACAAAAGGCACACUAUUGGACACACCCAUUUCUCUUCAGUCAUGGAAGAGACAUGUAGUUUCUCAUUUAAACCCUCCAGUUGAUGAUGUUAUUAUACAGACUAUAAGACACAGCACUUUCUGUGUCAGUGAUGAGCAGCCAACACAAGAAAGUGUUCAAAGAGAAGCUCAGACCGCUGAUGUGAUCAAACCACUGGAUGUGGUACCAGAAGAGGCUGAUGCAAGGAUCAGCUCAUCAAACACCCUGCCUCCAGCACGGUCCUCAUCAGUUAUUGCUACAUCACAUGUCCCAGAAGCCAAUGUUGCUACUAAGGCACUAGCUGCCUCGGACAAUGUAAAAUUAUCUGCUGCCUCAUCAGGGACCAGCAACGGAAUGAAGGAAGAGGCAUCCCCUACUAAGGAAGCACUUGAUGUUACAUCGUUUCGGCAACGUGCUGAGGCUCUCGAAGGGCUUCUGGAGCUUUCCGCGGAUCUGCUGGAGAAUCAAAGGCUGGAGGAGCUAGCAAUUGUUCUCAAGCCGUUUGGGAAGAAUAAGGUGUCCCCACGAGAAACCGCUAUCUGGCUGGCCAGAAGUUUCAAAGGGAUGAUGAGUGACGAAGCAGGUCGCACGUCGCUAUGA